AUGGAACAUCGAUUACAGACUCGAGUUCUAUUACUAAUCGAACAAAUACAGUCAUAUAUGUCUAAUAGUUCACCGGUAGCAACAAUAUAUGUGGACUACAAAUCAGCCUUUGAUCAACUUUGGUUCAAAGGAUGUAUAGACAAAUUAAAAAGAAAAGGAAUUCCGAUUCCAUAUGUUAAUUGGAUACAUGCUUGGUUAAUUAAAAGGCACGCUGUCAUUGAGAUCGCGCGUGUUAAAUCUCGGUGGUUUGAAAUAAUGAAAGGUGGUCCUCAAGGAUCCAGUUUUACUGCUACUCUAUUCAUCACCUACCAUGCAGAUAUGGAAUAUUUCAUCCCAGGAGCUAUGUCCUUUUUGUUUGCCGCCGAUUUAGCUGCUGUACUUGCUGGACAAAUUGGAAUUAAAUUUACGCAACGGUAUAUGGAGCUUGAAAAAAGAUUACACAUCUUCUUCGAACAAUUAGAAUUUUAUGUAGUAUUAACUGUACAACCGAUCAAUUGCAUCAAAACAAAAGGCAUGUUUUCAGCACGUGCAAUUAAUUACCCGAACCCGAUGCCUGAUAUCAGAUGUGAGAAAAAUGAGAUUGAAUGGGUCAAAGUAUUCAAAUACCUUGGCUAUUGGUUAACAACGAAGUUAGGAUGGGGAAAUAUGAUAAACCAAGCGUGUAAGAAAAUUCGUCAGCAAACAGCAAUGAUCAAUUCUAUUAGAGUUAGUGACACAACAUCCAUUCCGCUACGAAUAGCAUUGUUCUCAACCUUUGUUAUACCCUUCUUUACUUGGCUAUUUGCUCUUUAUCCGCUAUUUACCAACUGCCAACGUUUGACACUCAGCCACUUUUACUAUACAUCGCUGAAACGUGUCUAUCACUGCUUACAGUGGGGAGAUCUCUAUUUCUCCUAUACAUAUGCUGAAAAAUCACUAGACGAUCAUUGUUAUAAUUACUGGCUAAAGUACUUGAAUGCUCUAUCACAAUCGAAUGACGGACAUUUGUUAGAUGAGCAGUCUGUUACUAACAGGUAUUGUUAUAUAUGGCAAGAGAAAAGGGAGUCAAUAAGAUGCCUGAGAGUGUCAAAGCGAUUCGUCGAACAUACAGAUGUUUUAUGUAGAUGUCUGGAAUGGGUUUCAAAUCAUGGAUUAAGUAACUCUGUACCUGUCCAAAGGCAGAUUAUCGGUUUGCAUCAGUUCCUCUGGCUAAAGAUGAAUAGGCUCGUGCCUACCGGCAGAUAAAAUAACACAGAUCCAUUUAUCGAUCUUAAAAUAAGACGCCACAAGUCGCUCAAAGAUUAGACGCGUAGAUAGGCGAUCAUUCUUAUCGUCAUCCGUCUUAUUUUGCGAUCUAUAUAUACAUCGAAUCGUCAAGCGACUUUUGGGCUCUUAUUUUAAGACACAUUUAUUUUUUAGAGUGCAUCAAUGCACUCAGGCAUAUCAACAAAACAACAAACAAUACUUUGAUACUUCGCUUUUAGUGAUAGACUGUAAUGUAUUUCAAACAAGAAAGCAGGCCAACGACAUUCAUUUCAAUACUCAUUUUCAUCUGACUUCACAGUAAAAGCAUUCCAUCGACCCUUCUUGACUUUUCACUCGAAUAAAUUGUCCAUCAACAUGCACUACUACCCACUCGUCAGUCUGAUCAGAAAUAAAAUUACAGAUCUCUCUUUCUUUAAUGAAUGUUCAUAUAUUUUCAUAUCUUCAUUUAGACAUAGAACAAUCAGAACUGUGCACUGAGAACUGGAUUCAAGGUGUCCAAGAACCCAACUACCCCAAAAUCACAACAUAAAGCUCAUGCCAAUACAACUCCUAUGACCGACAUUGAUCAACGACGAAACUUUGAAAGCAAUACUAUCAUCUGGCUGGAUGAGAGCGCCAACACUUCCGAAGACAAUGCUCGAUCAAAAGCUCAACUGCGUCGCACAAUCAAUUAUCUCAAAGUAUUUGACAAUGCUGAUGAAUGUAUUGAUUACAUAUCUACCGUACAAACAGAAAACAUCUUUUUAAUCGUGUCUGGUUCAUGUGGACACACAGUAGUCCCACUCAUUCACGAUAUGAAACAAAUCGAAUGCAUCUACAUAUUCUGUUCCAACAAACAGUGGCACGCCAAAUGGGCCAGCCACUUUCCCAAGGUUCAUGGUGUUCACACGGACAUACAACAUGUCUGCGAAGCGGUGAGCAAAGACAUUCGUAAUUGUUCGAAGGACAUGAUAAUACCGAUGAAUGUUAUGUCGUCAUCACCGUCGAACACACAUAACAACAGACAAGAAGCAUCAUUCAUGUACUCUCAGCUCCUCAUCGAGAUUCUGUUUGAACUGGAAAACACUCCUACAUCUAAACAAGAGAUGAUCGAUGAAUGCCGAAGACAGUAUCAAGAUAAUGAAGAAGAACUGACGAUUAUUGCUAAGUUCGACAAGGACUAUCAAAAGCAUCAAGCUAUUUGGUGGUAUACGCGCGAGUGCUUUUUGUACCGAAUGUUGAAUAAAGCACUGCGCAUACAAGACACUGACAUUCUCUUCAAGUUUCGCUUCUUCGUCAAAGAUCUUCACGAUCAACUUAUCACACUGCACUCAGAGUCCAAUUAUGAAACAUCAACACUCACUGUUUAUCGUGGACAAGGCAUGGUACCUGAAGACUUUCUGCAGAUGAAAGACAAUAUAGGCGGGUUUCUAUCAAUGAAUAGUUUCUUGUCAACAAGCACAAGCAGAGCUGUCAGUGUUAAGUUUGCUGAACAAUGCUUAAACCGUGACGGUGUCGUAUCCGUUCUAUUUGAAAUGGAUAUUCACGUUUUGAAAUGCAUUAAACCGUUCUCAAACAUUGCACACCUCAGCUAUAUCAAAACUGAGAAUGAAAUCCUUUUCUCGAUGGGAA